GGAUACAAUAAUAGAUAAAACAUCUGCGGUUUCCAUUUAACACCGGAACAGAUACCGUAAUCGGAGUACAAAGUGACGUAAAAAAAAUCGAAACCCAAAAAGAGACCGCGAUUGACUCUCACAAUAGUAAUUGAAUCCAUUCCCCAUUAAAAUCAUUCAUCCAGCGAUUUAAUUUCAGUUUCGAUCAAUUUCGAUCGACACAAUUUCCUAAAUUGCGGUUACGAUGUAAUUCUACCGUAGUAAUUUCACUUUCAAACCGAACGUACCGUUUCGAAUCGGUCGAAUAUCAUUAACAAUUUAAUCUAAUCGCGUAUCAAACAUUUAAGUAUUGGCUAUUGACGCGUUAGUCUCGGGGAGUAGCAUUUCGCGUUAAGAUCUAAUUAUAGUAUAAGUCGGGCUUCUGUGCAGCUCGCACACAUUCUCACCGGUAUUUAUGUAGUGCCACGGAAUUCACUGUCGAAUAAUAAAGCUUAACGGUGCUCCCGAUUCAAUACCGUCUUAAAAUGUUGAAAGUAACAAUAUUUACAUUGCCGUAAUGAACGAGAUAAAAAUUGGUCAGGAACGAAAGAUGUUCGUUUUGUUAUUAUCUUGUCGAAAAACGUGUUGAUUCAUAAACGAACGUGUUGAGGUUUAAGACUUGAGAAAGAUCGUCGACUGCCAACAGGACGGAUAAUAACAAUGGCCGAAAAAGAUCAGUUCCUAUCACCGGCAACGACGCCAUCAUCGGUGACUGGAGACGACAAAUAUUUACUGCCAUACGCUCACAAAGCGAAAAAACAAGAAAAGCUUCCAUGGCACGAAAAAUACAAACCGCCAUACGCUUUACUAACUGCCAGUUUCUUAGAGAUUCUAGUUCAUGCUGUGAUGAAAGACCAAACACCCUACUUAAGAUUCGAUCCGAACAAACAAACUCAAAUCUGGCGAUUCGUUUCGUAUAUGCUCGUACACGGAAGUUGGUAUCAUUUAAUUUUAAACGUAACGAUGCAGUGUCUUUUUGCGUUACUUUUGGAACGACAACAAGAUAGUAUUCGAGUGUUUUUGGUGUAUGUCGGCGGGGGAAUUAUGGGUGCUUUAGGUGCUGCUUGUACAAGUCCCGAUUUAGUUAUUGGAGCUUCUGCAGGAGUUUAUGCUUUACUUAUUUCUCAACUGGCGGAUGCGACAUUGAACUACAAAGUGAUUAAGUACAAGAAAACGAGAUUUGUCUCCGUUGGAAUAAUCGUUCUCUCGGACAUCACCUAUAAUCUUAUUCAUUUUAAGAACCAAGGUUUUCCUUCGAUAUCGUGGGGGGCGCAUAUAGCAGGGGCCGUGGCCGGUUUAUUUCUCGGAUUCCUUCUCUACAAGAAUCACGGCGACGAUAAACGACUCUCCGGAAUUCUUUUUUAUUUCGGAGCGGUUUUAACGGUUUUGACCGUUUUCGGUUUAAUCCUGGUCGAUUAUCAAGUGAGAAAAUGCACGCCGAUGAAUUUAAUUCAUUCUCGGUAUCUUUAUGUUUGUUAGUACUUACAUUUUCGGAUCUCAAGUCUCUCUCAGGUGUCUCUCUGUUAUCGUUAAAAUUUGGAAUUAAUCAAAACUAAAAUAUUCUAGUCAGAACUAAUUUAAUUAAAACUAGAAUUGAAUGAAUAUUAAUAAAUUACAUAGUUAAUGUUAGAUCAACAUGGUUCAGAUUAAUUUUGGAUUUUAACGGUAACGUUUAGUAACUAACAAAUAAUACAAAUAUCUUGUGCCAAAAUAUCGAUGUUAAGAAAACAGAUUAUUUUUUAAAAGAUCAUGGCUAAUUGAUGUAGAUUUGAUAAAGAUUUUUGAUAAAGACUGAUGAAUUGAGUUGUUAAAGUGCCUCGUUUCCUCAUUCAAAAAUUGUAUUCAUUAUCACCUGAUGUAUGGAUGUACCUAUUGAAAAAAAGUUUGUUGAUCUCGUUUUUGUUGAAUAUAGACACUUUUGUCAAAAUAAUUUUUUUACUUCGUAUGUUAUUUAUUUCUUAUGUGAAUACUAUGUACAUAUUUAAAUGUUUAUAAUAAACGUUUUAUUAUUAUAUUAUUAUACUACCGUCUAAUUAUUCUAAUUGUAAUUGCAUCUAUUCUAUGUAUUGUUUUUAUCGUGUGUAUGAACUUUGAUAAAGAAAAAAAUCUCGCAUUGUUCCGUUUUUUUAGUGAUUUUUUAAUACAAUAUUUGUAAUAACAACACAUACAAUAAAUCUUCUACUAUAAUA